GCUCUGAUUUUGGGGAGUAAGAGUGCUAGUCAACUAAUUUUAUUAUUAUUAUUUAUUACUAUUAUUAUUGGGGUAUAGCCUACGUCAUCACCACCAAUGGGUAGUGAGGCUGUACUCUCAGUUGAAGUCUCUUCUCUGGAAGCAGGAAUGUAAAUCCAGAGGGAUUAGUGAGAACACACGGAGCUGUAAACCCUUCAGUAGCUCUCCAAGGGGUCUCUGCCUCAGUGCGUAAAGUUGGGACGGGGCUCCGGAUGCACCGCGCGCAGCACUUACUAUCCCACAGGCUCCAUGUGUGUCACCUCUGCGGGAUACUUAACAAGGAUUUCUGAUAUUCUGAUCCCUCUACCCUCGCGGGUCACUGACAGAUGAAAACAGUGGCGUUUUGUUGACGCGAAAGCGUUUUCCUCGAAUAGAUCAUCUGUCCCGGAGCGCAGAGGGGACAUGGGUCAACUUUAUGGGGCGACUCUUUUACCAUUUGGCGCUAUCUGUGUUGUUUUCCUGUGGGAAUCUGGUGCCAGCUCCAUCAGGACGACACUCGCAGUGGACACCUCGGGAACAGAGUGUCCAGACAGUAAGAUCUUGACAGUGGAGUAUCCCUGUGUCCGAGCAGGAGGGAAGAACAGCACUUGUUUCAGAAGGAAAUGCUGUGAAGGAUUCAGGUUUGUGAUGGGCCAGUGCAUACCUGAAAGCGUAGAUGUGUGUGCUGCGUCGCCCUGCGAGCAGCAGUGCACUGAUAACUUUGGAAGAGUUGUCUGCACAUGUUACCCCGGCUAUCGCUUUGACCGAGAAAGACACCGCAACCACAAAUCUCCUUACUGUCUGGACAUUGAUGAGUGUGAGCACUCAGGCGGCAGCGUGUGUGACCAUGAGUGUGUGAACACUGUGGGCAGCUUCCUGUGUCGCUGUCGCAGCGGCUACAUACUCGCGGCAGACCAGCGCUCCUGCAUCUCCAUACACAACUUGAGUUCAUCAGGGAAGUCAGACACCUUGAUGAGUGCUGGUACUUGCUCAUUCACUUGCCAGGAUUUUAUGAAUAUGAAAAACAGUUUGCUACAGAUUAAACUGAGGCUGGGCAACACACAGUCACCAAACCAGGUACCUGGCCUGGCUAACAGCAGUGACAAGCCAUCCCUGGGGAGGGCAGGAAAAAGUCCCGAUAGCCCUUGUCUUCCUGGUCUACCCGGCCCUCCAGGAGCUCCUGGAGUCCCAGGACACCCAGGAGAACCAGGAAAGAGAGGGGACCCAGGGGAGAGGGGCCCGCCUGGGCCUCGGGGUCCACGGGGAGACAUGGGACCCAUGGGUCCAGAGCCUGACUUGAAGCAUAUCAAAAGAGGCCGCAGGGGGCCUGUGGGACCACCUGGGGCACCAGGAAGAGAUGGAAUAAAGGGUGACAGAGGAGCUCCAGGUCCCAGAGGUCCACCUGGACCACCGGGCUCCUUCGAUUUCCUUCUGCUAAUGAUGGCCGACAUCCGCAAUGAUAUAAUUGAACUGCAGGAAAAGGUGUUUGGGGAACGGCGAGGCAUCUCUCUGGACAGUCCUACACAAUCCAGUGGGGAAGUGGAUUUUGUAGAGUGGGGCUCUGGACAAGGAGAUCUCAUGCUCAAUACUUGACCUUCAAUUCCACGGUCACAGUAACAGACAUUCAAACCCAGCAAAACAAUCACUAAACUUGACUCCAUUCUUCACUGACAAAUGAUGUUGGUGGUCGAAGUUCCAGCAUGUAAAUAAUUCCUGAAAUCACAGCUGGGAUGAACUGUGCAAGGAGCCUCUGAGCGCUGAGCCACAGACUGUUAAACAGAGGGAUACGAGGUUUACAAAAUCAGAAACUGGACCACAGUCUGUCUGUGAAUGCCGUCUUGCUGUGGUGUGAGUGAGGGAUGUGCGUGCAGGGCGUAGAGUGAGAAAGAUGCAGUGUGAGCCUUUGUGUCUGAGUCUCUGAGCUGUGCCUCUGAGCUGAACCACUUCAAACGAAGAACUUUAUCGUCUAUAUCUUCCUGUUCCUGAGUCUGUCCAAGGACGGUGUGCCUGCAGGGCACUGGUACAAAGACCCAGGACCCGCACUGCGAGCCUCCUCUGCACCUGCCUGCAGUAUCCAGCCCUCAAGUCUGAGCUCUGCAGCUACUCUCUACUCUGAGGCAUCUUCAGAAACUAAUUCAUGAGAUUCAUGAGUACACACAAUCCCAGUGUUGUACUAGACAAAAACAGUAAUGCCUGGUGUAUUAUGGAACAACUCAAGUUCAAGUAUGAUUUAAAGAAAAAACAUUUAUUGCAGCAAUAUGUUCAUCUAAAUAUAAACUAUAUACAAGACAUCCAAUCUUCUUAUAGUAAAUUUUAGAAUCUGCUGGUAUCUGCUGCCUAGAAAUAAUAUGCAGAAAGGAUUGUCAACAAUACAAACUCUAAAUUAAAAGGGUAAGUUAAGUAUAACUUACUUACUUAUAAGUUAACACUGGGCUAAAGGUCAAUUUCAAAAAGUAAUUGUAAAAAAUGUUUUUUAGAAACUUUUUUAGCCAUAUAUUAUCAGGCAACUGUGAGCAUAUUCUUUAUUAGAGGAAUGGUCCAGUGGGAACUGUUUCAUGGAAUACACUGCACAUAUUCUCAUACUUAUAUUUGACCAGAGUUGAUCAGAAACAUGACGGACAUGACGAGGGAAGGCAACUUGAAAGUUUGUGAACUGUGAAGCAGCUGCCAAGAAGAGCUAACUCAUUUUUCAAUAAAGGUUUGUCUAAAUCUAGA